AUGGCUACGCCAACGCUCAUGACAUCUGAAGGGCCUACCCAGACUAUACAGGCAGCAAUCAGACAAGCAACAUCUAUCGUGACGGACGCCCUAGCGAAUACGGAUGUAUAUUUCUUAACUACGCAACAUGCCACGAUAGAUGGGUUUACCAACGCUCAAGCUACCGUACCGGCGAAGACAAUCGACAUCGUAAUACCGACAUGUAUCCAGACGAUAGAGGCAGACGCGAACGGAUACCUUCCCCCAGGGACAUGCAAUGCCCUUUGGAGCUACUACCCGAGCUUCUCGGCCGCAAUGGCCUUCACCAUUAUUUUUGGGCUCCUCACUCUCACCCACUUAUACCAAGCAAUAGCCCAUAGGAAGAAAUUCUGCUGGGUCAUUGUCAUGGCUAGUCUCUGGGAAACGAUGGCUUACCUAUUUCGUACUAUCAGCACUCGCUACCAGCAAAGUUCCGGCGUAUAUCUCGUGUUCCAGAUCUUCAUUUUGCUCUCGCCGCUGUGGGUAAACGCAUUCGACUAUAUGGUUCUUGGCCGAAUGAUAUACUAUUUCGUUCCUUCACGGCAGAUAUUCAAUAUACCGGCACAAGCAAUAGCUGCAGGCUUUGUCACAUUUGACUUUGUUGCGUUCGUCAUUCAACUCGUAGGUGGCUCAAUGGCUGGUCCGACGGCACCACCAGAGGAUCAGUUGAAGGCCAUCCAUAUUUAUAUGGGGGGUAUCGGCUUGCAGCAGUUCUUUAUAGUCAUAUUCGUUGCGUUUGCAGUUGGGUUCCAGCUGCAAAUGCGUAACGUGAAAACUCCCGAAGCGACAACAACCGGGAAUUUAAGCUGCCGUCCCUUAUUAUUCACGCUAUAUGCUACGUUAACCUGCAUCACGAUUCGCAUCAUAUUUAGACUGGUCGAGUUCUCGUCCGGCUCGACUGGCGUAUCGAACCCCUUGGUGACCAACGAAACCCACUUCUAUGUACUCGAGGCUGCUCCCAUGAUGUUAGCUAUUCUCGGCUUUAACAUCAUACAUCCGGGAAAGGUCCUCGUAGGACCUGAGUCUGAGAUGCCUGGGUUUUUUGCGACCUGCAUGGGCUUAUUUCGGAAGAGAAAAGAAAGAGGACAAUUCGGAAAGCUUGAAGGAUCUGACAACGAAGAGAUGGAAAAUCUGCGGCCAUAA